AUGUUCGAGGACCUCAAGUCCUUUCAUGAGUAUCUCAGCAAGUCGAAGCGAGUCCUCGCCCUUUGCGGCGCUGGACUGAGUGCCUCUUCAGGACUACCGACCUUCAGGGGGGCCGGCGGUCUUUGGAGAAACCACGAUGCUACUCAGCUCGCCACACCUGGAGCUUUCGAGGAAGAUCCUGCCUUAGUCUGGCGGUUCUACUCUUAUCGACGUCACAUGUCGCUGAACGCAAAACCGAAUGCCGCCCACUAUGCCUUUGCCGAGUACGCUCGCCGCACCCCUGGUUUCAUGAAUCUCAGCCAGAACGUCGACGGACUGUACCAGAUGGCCGACCAUCCUAAGGAGCAAUUGAAGCUGCUUCAUAAUACCCUGUUCGAAGUCAGAUGCGUCAAUCGAGCCUGUGGCUAUGUGGAGGAGAACUUCACGGAUCCGAUCGUGCCCUCGCUCGCGAUCCCCAUGGACAAAUCAGACCCUACGACAACAGAGGCACUGGCAGCAGCUGGCAAAGCAAACCGAAAGGAGCUCGACAUCAGCAAUGCUGCAGUGCCGAUCUCGAACAUCCCCGUCAAAGACCUGCCACAAUGUCCCAAGUGCAAAGAACGAAUGCUUAGGCCAAAUGUCGUGUGGUUUGGAGAGAAUCUCCCUAUGGAUACCAUUGAUGAAAUUGAGGAAUAUCUACACGAACCUGAAGAUGUCGACCUGAUCAUCGUUGUCGGAACGUCUGCCAAAGUCUACCCUGCCGCUGGAUACACGACCAAGGCUCGGAUGAAGGGGGCGCGAGUUUGCGUCGUCAACAUGGACGCGAACGACGCCCCAGCUGGUGGAUGGAAUAAGGGGGAUUGGUUCUUCCAAGGCGAUGCUGCCGAGAUCAUUCCGCGAUUGCUCGAGCCAGUGACCUGCGUGGAGAUUCCACGCAGCUCAAAGGUCUGA